AUGCCACCCAAUCCUCCAGAAGAGUUUUCACCUGUGACCGUUACUAGCGUGUAUGCACCUGGAUUAGAAGCUACAACACCUCAAGUUUAUCCUACACCCAAAUUUACCUCAAAAAGACGAGCAACUAAUCCGUAUAACUCUCUUUCGUUUCAAACAUCUAAUAUUAACAUGAGCAACACAAGGACUACAACGGCAACUACAAAUGGAGUUGUGGGAAAUGGUCCUCGGAUAGAUACAGAGUUUGUAAAAAACGGAUACAGCAGUGGUCAACAAGCAAAACAACAAGGACCAACACGAAAAAGAUCGUUUUCAAAAGAAAGUUAUACAUUACCUUCAGCGGCACCAAAUAUACAUCCAACACCAUAUAUUGAUAGUUUAAAAACUUCCCGAUUUAUUGGGAUGCAAAGUUUAGAUUUUGGAGCACAAUACAAGUCCAACAGUCUUUUAGGGAAAUUACGUCAACAGUAUAAAGAGGUAGAAAAGGAAAAGGUUAAUCCUAUUAUUAAUAAUAUGAUGAAUUCGGCGAAACCAUAUUUAUCCGAGAAAUUAACAUCGCCUUCAGUCAAUAAGGAAUUUUCACUUGUAAACUUUAAAAGAUCCAUAUUUAAUUCAUUAAAAUACGAUACAUUGAAAUUUAUAGUAUAUUGUUUAUUGUGGUAUGCCUCAUCGGCUAUUACCAAUAAUUCUGGUAAACAAUUAUUAAAUCAAUUUAAUUACCCAGUUACUCUCACUUGGGUACAAUUUGGCUUUGUUGGAUUUUAUUGUUACGCUUUUGGACAAGGAAUGGGUUUAACUAGAAUUCGAAGUCCAAGUGUAGGAAUUAUACGUAGAACUUUACCGUUAUGCUUGUUUCAAAUAGGGAGCCAUGUUCUUUCAAGUAUUGCCACGGCUCUAGUUCCCGUCAGCUUCGUCCACACUAUCAAGGCAUUAUCUCCGUUGUUUACAGUGUUCUUUUACAAAUUCGGAUUUGGAGUAAAUUAUUCAUAUCCGGUAUAUGUAUCAUUAAUACCACUUACAAUUGGAGUUAUGCUCGCGUGCGCUUCUUCUUCGGCAUCAAGUUUUAUUGGAUUCUUAUUCGCGUUAACAUCUACUGUAAUUUUUGUUGCACAAAAUAUUUUCUCAAAGAAAAUUCUUUUUAAUGAAAAACAUCCCGGAUUUGAAACACAUAAAUUGGAUAAAUUGAACGUUUUGUUUUACUCAAGUUUAUCGGCAUUUAGUCUAAUGACACCAAUGUGGUUAUAUUAUGAUGGUUUUCAUUUAAUAUUAGAGUACUUUAAUUCAUCUGUAACCAAUACUACAAGUGGAUGGACAAUAAUAUAUUAUUUUUGGCUAAAUGGUACAACUCAUUUUGCUCAAGCAAUUUUAGCGUUAUCAAUUUUAUCGAUGACUUCCCCGGUAACUUAUUCAAUCGCGUCAUUAGUAAAAAGAAUCUUCGUUAUAACCGCAAGUAUAUUAUGGUUUGGACAAAAGACUACUUUUAUCCAAGGUAUUGGUAUAACAUUAACUUUUGUCGGUCUUUAUAUGUAUAAUCAAGCUAAAUUAGAUGUUGAUAAAAAAGAAAGGAAAGCAAGAGAGAGAGAUGAAAUUGUUUUACCUUUAACAAGGUCUACUAUAUGUAUUGGGUGGAUCGUAGCUGAUACUCUCAUUGCUCCAAUGGCUCCUUCAAAAAUACAAGGUGAUGAUUCAGAGCGUGGUAAUGGUAUUGAUGGUGUUUCAAGUACGCCAGGUGGUCUUAAUAUCUCCACUGUAAAGGCUACCGCUGCUGUUAGUGUAAACAAAACAGAGAGUCAUAUAACCUCGUUUUCUGCCGCUGGGGAUCAUUUUUCAGGUAUCUUAUUUCCAGACAUAGAAACGUUCCGAGAUCGGUUAUGGAUGUUGUUAAUUAGAAUGACGAUUCAUCAAGCAGCACAACAAGGGAAUUUACAUAUUAUUAAAAGUUUAAUUGAAAAUGGAUAUGCUAAGGCUACAGAUAGGGAUUCACAAAAUGUAACAGCUUUACAUUGGGCUGCUAUCAAUAACCAAGUAGUUGUAGCAAAAUAUUUGAUCGAAAAUGGAGCUGAAAUCGAUGCGUUUGGUGGUGAUCUAGUUGCUACUCCUUUACAUUGGGCGACAAGAAAUGGGCACCUUCCGAUUGUAACCUUGUUGAUUAAUCAUGGAGCUGAUCCAAACUUACGAGAUUCUCAGGGAUUUAACGGGCUUCACCUUGCAACUCAUUCCUCUAAUACUAUGCUAGUUUUAUACCUAAUAUACCAAGAUAUGGACAUUGAUACACCUGAUACGCUCCAACACACUCCUUUGAUGUGGGCUGCAUAUCAAGGAGAUCCUUUGACACUAGAUUUAUUUAUUAGACUUGGUGCUUCAAUCUCAAAGGUUGAUACUGCACGUUUUACUCCUUUACAUUGGGCUGUUACCAAAGGAAAUCAAAUGUGUUUGAGAAAAUUAAUAGAAGCCGGCGCCGAUAUAAAUGCAAAAGAAGAUAAUGGAAAAUCUCCUGUGGACCUUGCUCGAGAAAUGGGCGCCGAAAAAGUUUGGAAUAGAGCUUUAAGUGAAUCUGGAAGGACAAAGUCAGGGGAUAGAAAGAUAUACUUAUUUGGUCAACGAACAACACACACGAUCAUAUAUCUCAUUCCAUUCCUAGUUCUUUUUUUUGCGUUUCAAAUAUUAACCCAAUAUCCGUGGUUCAUUGGGUUACCUCUAGCAAUUGGACAAUUUAUCGGGUUUCAUAUAUUAAUUGUAAAGGUUCUCAUAACAGCACAUGUACCGGAUGCAAUGAUGAGAACUCCGUAUUUUACGAGUUUAUUUCAAGCAAGUGCUUUUUGG